UAGAGGCCACCCCUUUGGUCGGGGUUCAGGGUCAGGAGGUGCCCUCGGGGGUCUUGGCUAUCGCGGGGACUCCAGGAAGCCAUGCAGAGCUUUGGGCCAUGAAGGACUACACUGAUGUCAUCCUCUGCAUGGAGGCCUCAGAGCUGAGCAAGACUGAGUUCUGCAAUCCUGCUUUCGAGCCUGAAUCAGGGCCACCUUGUCAUCUUCCUGCCUUCCAAGAGGAUGCCGGGCGCAGUGGCCCAUCUCCCCAGCACGGCCGCCCCCGAGGGCUGCAGCCCGACUGCCGCUUCUCCUGGCUCUGCCUGCUGCUGCUCGCCGGCCUGCUGCUCCUGCUGCUUGGACUGCUGGUGGCCGUCAUCCUGGCCCAGCUGCAGGCUGCACCCCCGCCCAGGGCCUCCCACAGCCCACUGCCGGCCCGAGGCCGCACCACCACCCCUGGCACCACCACCUUUCAGACAACCAGGCCCCCAGACGUGCAGCAGGAGGUGGCCAGCCCCACACCCCAGGCCUCCUGCGGAGGGCUCCUUCCUGGCCCGAGGGGCUUCUUCGGCAGUCCCAACUACCCAGACCCCUACCCACCCAACGCCCACUGCGUGUGGCAUAUCCAGGUGGCCACAGACCAUGUGAUCCAGCUCAAGAUCGACACCCUCAGCAUAGAGAGCGUGGCCUCUUGUCUUUUUGAUCGCUUAGAAAUCUCGCCUGAGCCUGAAGGUCCCCUCCUCAGGGUAUGUGGGAGGGCACCUCCCCCUACACUCAACACCAAUGCCAGCGGCCUCCGGGUGGCCUUCGUCUCUGACAGCAGUGUGGAAGGGUUUGGUUUCCACGCCUGGUACCAGGCCGUGGCCCCUGGGCACGGGAGCUGUGCCCAGGACGAGUUCGCCUGUGACCAGCUCAUCUGCCUGCACCCUGACUCCGUGUGUGAUGGCUUCUCCAACUGUGCUGACGGCAGAGACGAGGCCAACUGCAGCGCUGAAUUCUCAGGGUGCGGGGGGAAUCUGACUGGGCUCCAAGGCACCUUCUCUACUCCCAGCUACCUGCAGCAGCACCCACACCAGCAGCUUUGCACCUGGCACAUCUCAGUGCCUGCCGGCCACGGCAUAGAACUAGAGUUCCACAACUUCAGCCUGGAAGCACAGGACGAGUGCAAGUUCGACUACGUGGAGGUGUACGAGAGCUUGAGCGGUUCCGGGGCCCUUAGCCUCCUGGGCAGGUUCUGUGGGGCAGAGCCUCCCCCACGCCUCGCCUCCUCGCACCACGAACUGGCGGUGCUCUUCAGGACAGAUCAGGGCAUCAGCAGCGGAGGCUUCUCAGCCACCUACCGGGCCGUCAAUGCCACAGAGAACCUCUGUGGGCCCAGAGAGCUGUCCUGCCAGGACGGAGGGUGCAGAGGUCUACAGUGGGUGUGUGACACGUGGACAGCCUGUGCAGAUGCCAGCGGUGACAACUGCAGCAGCCCUUUGCUCCCGCCACCAGAGCUGGCCUGUGAGCCCGUCCAGGUGGAAAUGUGCACUGGUCUGAGUUACAACGCCACGGCCUUCCCUAACAUCUGGGUGGGCAUGGCCACCCAGGAGGAGGUGGCAGAGGUCCUCAGAGGUUACAAGAGCCUGACAAGUCUGCCCUGCUACCAGAACUUCCGGAGGCUCCUCUGCGGGCUGCUUGUGCCCCGCUGCACCCCGCUGGGCAGUGUCCUUCCCCCCUGCCGCUCUGUCUGCCAGGAGGCAGAGCGGCAGUGCCAGUCUGGCCUGGCACUACUGGGUACCCCCUGGCCCUUCAACUGCAACAGGCUGCCAGAGGCAGCUGGGCUGGAAGCUUGUUCUCAGCCCUGACCCAGGGCUGGUCUCUGCCCUCUGAGCCUAUCAGGGCCUGCAGGCAGAGGAACAAAGGAAGAGGGGACCCCAGGCCUCUACCCAUCCUCUCUGGACUCCUCCCCCUCCCGGUCCCUUUACCUGCCCCAGGGCAGCUGCGCUGGCUCCAGGCGGAGCCACCCUAGACGGCUUCCCACACGGGUCUCCCACCGAGAUUGCCUGGCUUUCGCUGUUGUCCUGUGUCCAUCUGCUUUUCAGGUUCUUAACACCGUGCCUUCGGACUGUCCCGUUUAUAUUCAGCUUAAACGUAUGGAGUGCGCACCACCGUGGCAGGCCCUGGUCUAAGCCCGGGGAGGUGGGCUGCCUCUAGGACGCCCCGCGCUCCGUUUUUCCGUCCCUGUGCCCCCACCACC